GUCAAUACGUUGGGAAGGGGUUAAGGGGAAGUAGACGUUGACGUUUCUAAUGUGUGAUGGUAAAUUAUUUUUAAAUUAUUGGAAUUGAUAAAAAAUUACAAAAUGUUGAAGAAUUCAAUUUCUUCGUUGAUUUGUAUAAUUUGGUUUGUGGCCACAGUAAAUGCUUUUCCAAAUGAGGGCAAAUGGAACGAGAAUUUAACAUCGGUGGCUAGUAGUUUAUAUCUAUCAAAAAGUUUAUAUAAAGGGGCGGAAAUAAUAGUAGGAAUUAAUUGUGAUUCAAAAGUUCAUGAUUCCAAAAUUGACAUAACCCUAGCUAUUAUACAGUCAGCCUGUUGGGAUAUAAGAGAUGCUCUCUCAGAAAUUAGACAGGAAAUAUCUUCUCCCAAUCCUGAAUUUAAGAAUUCUUCGAAAAUAUAUCAUACCAGUGCAAAAUACGACUGCAAUGACAACAUUUUCCUUAGAGAAAAUCCAGCUACGCCAUCAGUACAAGAAAAGCACAGUGUCAAACAACCAAUUCAUACAGUAACUCAUGAUGGUGUCUAUGUACUAGCUUUAAAAGUUAGUAGUCCAAACAUGUCCGAAUAUAGUGUUGAAGUUCAAAUUGAAAUGAAAAACGAUUAUGGGUAUCUUUCAGCUGCUGAGUGGCCCCUAUUACCAUUUUAUGGUUUUAUGUGUAUUUAUUAUGUAAUAUUGGGCUUAAUAUGGCUUAGUUUAUCGUUUUUGCAGUGGAGAGAUCUUUUAAGAGUUCAGUUCUGGAUUGGAGGCGUAAUUUUAUUGGGAAUGUUGGAAAAGGCAACUUUUUAUGCAGAAUACCAAAACAUUAAUAACACAGGAAUGAGAGUUGAAGGAGCAAUGAUAUUUGCUGAAUGGAUAUCUUGUGCUAAAAGAACUUUAGCUCGUAUUCUUGUAGUGAUAGUUAGUUUAGGUUUUGGUAUUGUUAAACCUAGAUUAGGAGCUACAUUACAUAGAGUCGUAGGAGUUGGCCUUCUUUACUUCUUUUUAGCUGCCUCUGAAGCCUAUUUAAGAAUAACCAAAGAAAAAAGUAAUCCCAGCAAAGAUAUUUUAGUAGCAUCUGUGCCACUUGCUGUGUUGGAUUCUGCCAUCUGCUGGUGGAUAUUUUCAGCAUUAGUUAACACUACCAGAACUUUGAGAUUAAGGCGAAAUGAAACUAAACUAAGUCUUUACCGCCACUUUACUAACACUUUGAUCUUUUCUGUAUUGGCUUCAGUGUUCUUCAUGCUAUAUUGUAUAAAAGUUCACCAUUUUGUCGAUUGUUUGGUUGUGUGGAAAGAUAUUUGGGUAGAGGAAGCAUAUUGGCAUAUUCUCUUUUCGUUGUUAUUAUUGGUCAUAAUGAUCUUAUGGAGGCCAACAAAUAAUAAUCAAAGAUAUGCUUUUGUUCCUCUUUUGGAUACUGGUGAUGAUGCCGAUGAGGAAGAACAGCUUGUAAAUGAUGCUUAUGGGGUAAAAGUCCGGGUACAUCACCCUAAAAAUAAUUCGACUCAAAGAACUACGAUAGAUGAUGAUCUCAAGUGGUUGGAAGAAAAUGUCAAAAGUGAUCCUGCACUUCCUAUUUUAGAUUCAGAUGAAGAACUAGUGAAUACUAGGUUUGAAGUGUCGAAAAUGCAGUAAACAUUUUGCCAUAAUUGUACUUAUUUAUAUUUUAAAUAUUCCUUAAAGCAUUGUGCAAGUGAAAGUGAAAAGACUGAAGUUUGUUUUACUUAAAACGACUUAAAGAUGUAAGUGAGAGCAGGAUCGUGUAAAUAGAGAUGUGUUUUAUUGUGAAGAAAGUAAAUCAUUGGUUAUGUCUCCAGUCAGUAUUUUAGGUUCUGCUAGGUUAAGUAUUUAAAUCUAAUUUUUGGGCACAUACUUUAGCCUAUUUAUUCACAAAUUAUACCUAGCUUCAGAAUUUCUCUGUGUUCUGAAGAUUAAAUAAUAUCUCUUCAUAGAUCUACACCAUUGUAUCAGACAUGUGCAUAUAAUUCAUAAAAAAUAUAAGUUAUUUCCAACUCAACUCUUCAUAAAAUUUGUUGUGUGCCAAAAUAACAGAUCAGAUAAAAUCUAAAUCAUUUGGCAACUUAUAUUUACUACUUAGUUUUGCUAAUACCAGCCACAAUUUUCAGAGACAUGGAUAAAAGUAACAUUAGUUUGUGAUAUUAAAAAAGUAUUCUGGUGCUUUGACCUUCCAUGAUAAAUUCUGGGAUCUGAGGAUAUAGCCUUUUUGUGGACUUUCUACACUGAUGCCAGGUAGGAAUUAGAACUUAGAUGGUUCAAAUUAGAGGGACGCGAUAUUGCGUAUCUAAAAGGCAUCAAUCUCCUAUCUUUGCUGACUACAGAUGAUCCCAAACCCCUUUUUCAGUGCGUCAUUAAUUUUGGCGUCAUAUAUGAUUUCAGACAUGUCGAGAAUCGUUGCAUGACAUUUUAGUUAAAUCUGACAAUUGUCAGAUUUAUAUUUAUGUUUAUAUAGGGUGUCCCAAAAGUAGCGGAAUGGUCGAAUAUUUCUCGAAAUAAACAUCGUAUCGAAAAAGUGAAAAAUACUUAUUCAAUUAUUUUCAAAAAUCUAUCGAAUGACACUAACCACGACCCCCCACUUCACCCCCUAGAGGAGGGGUGGGGGUAAAUUUGAAAUCUUAAAUAGAUUUGGAUCCCAUACGUAAAAGUAGGCAACUUUUAUUCGAGACCUUUAUUUAAGUGUGGAUGGAUGGCGCUAUAAUAAAAAACUAUUUAUCCUGAUACCAUAGGUAAAUUACUCGAUUUUAUUCCACAUCCCUAAGUCGCUUAAGAUUAAACCAUGGCAAUUUUCCUGCACAUUUCGCUAAGGCGGGUUCUCAUUAGUCAAUCUCAUUGAUCAAUAUCCUUGAUUCUAUGCUAUAGAAGAAAAAUAGAUUUAUAUGAACGUCGAUUCAGCGAUAUUGUUCUAUCAUAUGGUGUUUCAAUAAAAGUGAAAAGCCUUCCUACUUUUGAUAGAUCAAUGGAAAUGAUUAUAUCAAAUAGAACAAUGGUUGACAGUGAGAACUAGCGUUCAGUUACGUUGACGUGUAUUUUGUGGAGUUAAAUAGUAAGCAUAAUAUGAGAUGAGGUUAAGUUCUUUGUGAAAACCAUAGACAUAUUAUAAUUUCGUGAACAAUAUCACAUUUUAAAUGGAGAGACAACCAUAUCUGCAAGUUUCUUUAACUAUACCAGAAAGAGGAGCGCUAUGGAUAAUUAGGAGUGAACAAUAUAAAAAUAUAAUAAAGCGGGAAAAAAGCUAUGAAGCUAAUCGUUUUGGAAUGGAAAUAGAAAUCCUGACUCUAAACGAUAUUAAAAAUAAAAUUAAAAGUAUCCGGACAACCUACAAAGUUGAACUGAAUAAAAUAUUAAAAGCAAAUAAAAGUGGUACAGGAACAGAUGAUCUGUAUAAACAUAAACCACCAUAAACCAAAACGUUUAAGAGGUGUUUCCGUUGCAAAAGAGAGUCAGAGAUGUUCUUGUUUUCCUAUUUUUAAGUACGUUUUUUUAAAUAUUCACACCCAAUGCGAACGCCAGCAUGCACAAUUUUCUUCGUUACAGCCAUUAUUAAAGUUAGCACUUUGUAGACCGAAUUCAAUAUCCUUGAAAUAGUGUGAAUUUGAAUUAUAUGUUCAGUUGCAUAGAAUCAACGCUAUUGAUCAAUGAGGUUGACUAAUGAGAACCCGCCUUAAAUAGGAAUGCGUAUCAACUCUCUAUGUUCAUGUGAUAACUACUCUACUGCAGAUUUAAAUCAUAUAAUCUUUAAUUUUGAACUUAAUAAAUACCAUACGAAAGCACUAUUUGCUAGACUUCAGGAUCAGAAUGUAAGUUUACCGCUGAAUAUUUCACACCUACUAAGCUUCAACACCAAAACUAUUAAUGAUAUUAUCAUACAAUUUCUUAAAGAUUCUAAAAUAAAAAUUUAAUAUGACAUCUUCAAUCUUCAACUUCUGUGGCAAAAACAAGGGCGGAUCCAGGGAGGGGGCCAUGGCCCCCUCCGAGAAUUUAGAAUAAUAUAAAUUUAAAUAUUUGCAGUUCAAAUGUUUUUAAUUUCAAACACAUAUAUAUGUACAAAACAGGGGAGAAAUUCGUUUUCUGGACAAGAAUUGAAAAAAAGAAGUAACUGAGAAGCUGCAAGAAUGACUUUUGGGUUUUUUAUAAAUCAAAAUGUUGAUAAUUUUACAGAGUGCCAAUUGUUAGAACGAUCUUGACAGCCAUCAAAAUCGUAUAAAUUUCCAUAUUCUAUACACACAAAGAAUAAAAAAGAAGUGAAGCGUUACUUGGGUCACUAGCACUUAGAACAAAGGAGUUGGUUGGUAUUUUCGCACAGUCAAAAGGAAUUGUUUUACAAAUAUUGCGUUUCAUUUUUGUAACGAAAAAUAUGGUCACAAUAACGGGAUGACAGCCCAAAGCCUUGUCACGAAACCUUUAACAUCUUUCGCCAAACUCAUGAGCAAAGACGGAGUCAUAUAAACCCAUGAAAAAACAUCAUACCACAAGGAGUGCGUUCAGGUUGAGCUGGAUUUUCUAAAAAGUUAUCGCAACCUUCAAAAGUCAGUCAUUAACCAGAUAGACUCUCAGAGGUCUAAACAGAAACAAAAAAUAAAGAAAGACUACGACCAAUAGUAGGGUCUAUAGUGUUCUUAGGUCGACAAAAUAUUCCUCUAAGAGACCAUCGUGAUGAUGGCCUUAUGCUUCUGGACGAAAAUGCUGGACCUAGGAAUGAGGGGAAUUGCUGUGGUCAAAAAUUAUCGAUUUUUCGUUUUUAAUGCCAAUAUGUACAUUGAGCGAUGAAGAAUGUAACCAGUAGAUAAUAAAAUUGUUUCCGAUAUGUCCACUAUUACAACAACACCGCGAACUUUUAAACUCAUCUGCUGCAAAAUCACGUUUUUGACAUAUCGGGUUUUGCCUUAGCACCACAGUGUUAAGGUUUAAAAUCGCAUCAGGAGAUAAGACUCUUAAAUAACACCUAUCCACAGCAUCUUCCUGAGCAACAUGCAUUAGUAGCAGCAAUGUUGUGGUGAAGAAAUAAUUGAACAAAUAAUAUUUGACGAAACGACUGACGUAUCCCACGUGGAACAGCUUUCUCUAAAUUUGGGAUACAUACACAAUAACAACAUUCAUGAAGACUUUGUCAAAUUCAUUGACGCUUAUGAGAACCUAAAAAUAAUUAGUGAAAAUCAAGAAAGAGGUAAAUAACAAGGCCUGGCAGGAGAAGCAUUGGAAAAAAUAGUAUUAAACUUGUUGAAAGAACUGCACUUGGAUCCGAAGAAAUGUGUAGGAAUCGGUACUAUGGCAGGAAUGGUGAGUUUUAAGGCACUUCUCAAAGUGUGUGAAAGGUGACUUAAAACUUUUAAUUUUUAAAAAUUACCCCCCGUACUUCUGGUACUCCUUCCCAAAAAAAGUUUAUGGCCCCUCCCGAAAAUCGGGCCUGGAUCCGCCCCUGGGCAAAAAGUUCAUUUAAUGCCAUCCCCUCUUUGUGAACACACACACACAUAGGUAAAUUAUAGAAACUGUCUAAUAUCUCGAGAAAUACACUUCCAAAUGAAAAACUAAAAAAUACAUGUUUAAAAUAUUUUUUAAAAACCUAUCAAAUUACACCAAACACGACCCCCCACUCUACCCUGAAAGUGGGUUGGGGGUUAACUCUAAAAUCGUAAAUAGCAACCCCCAUUUUUUAUUGCAGAUUUGGCUUCAUCGUGAAAAAUUAAGCAACAUUUAUUCGAAAUAUUUUUUAGAAUUGUUGAUAGAUGGCGCUAAUAUAACCUAUUUUUCCAAUUAUAGCGCCAUCUAUCAACAAUUCUAAAAAAUGUUUCGGAUAAAUAUUUAUUUAGUGCUUAUUUUUUCAUGAGGAAUCCAAAUCUGCAAUAAAAAAUGAAGGUUGCUAUUUAAAAUUUUAAAGUUACCCCCCACCCCACCUCUAUGAGGUGGGGUGGAGGAUUCUGUUUGGUGUUACUCAAUAGGUCUUUAAAAAAUAUUAAACACGUGUUUUUUGGUUUUUCAUUUGAAGGUGUAUUUCUCGAGAUAUUAGACCGUUUCUCUAAUUCACCUAUGGCAUCACAAUAAAUCGUUUUUUUUUUUCGAUUAUAGCGCCAUCUAUCCGCAAUUCGAAAAAAUGAUUCGAAUAAAAGUUACUUACUUUUACAUAAGGAAUCCAAGUCUGCAAUAAAAACUAGGGCUUUCUAUUUAAGAUUUCAAAGUUAACCCACCCCCCACCUCCAGGGGGUGGAGUGGGGGAUCGUGUUUGUUGUCAUUGGAUAGAUUUUAAAAAAUUAUUGAAUACGUGUUUUUCAGUUUUUCGAUCCGAUGUUUAGUUCACGAAAUAUUCGACCGUAUUAAUAUUUAAAAUAUUUUAAGGAAAAAAUAAAUAAAUAUAGAAUAAAGUUUCACUAUACAAUGUCGUAAUAUACUAAUGACAUAAAAUAUUUAUAUUUACGUCGUUGACAAAUUUCUAACCUAGAAUUACAAUUGUCAUGUAUAGACCAUAGAUAUAUAAUACUCUAGAUUGCGCCCUGCCAUCUUAAAAUGGGUGACGAUUGCGACAGAGAUAAAUGAGCCUAUUUGGUCGGUAGUCUCUUUCUAAUUCAAGGGGAGUAUCGACGACGUCACUAUCCUACUCUAUCCAGUAUUAUUUAAAUGUUUUUGACAGUUCGAGCGGGUGGCGACGAGAACUGGUCUUUGGUCUUUGGACAUGGAUAAUCGGGGUUCGAAUCCCAUACCAAAAUCUAUGCAAAGAAAUACAUAGCAAAUAAGAAAAACUCGGUAGGUACCUAUAAAUUUUUAAAAAUAUAAAAGCCAAUGUUAUUUUUUUAAUAAGUUAAUGGUAGAAUAUAUAAAGUAAUUGUUAAAUAUUCAUACAAAUUACCAAUAAUUAAUAUUAACAUAAUGUACCAUCGAUUUAUUAUAAUUAGACAUUAUUUUUAUUUAUGAAACUGUUGUUACAAUUUUUUGAAAAGGUAGAAGCAAAACAAACAUAAUUCAUAUCAUUCGAAUAAGGCCGAAUUUAUAUUAAUAGCGAACUACUUUUAUUUUACUAUGCAGUUCACAAAUUAAUAUUGUAAGGAUAAGUGAACUUAUAGUGAAGUGGAAUUUAUUUUUUUCGGUGAGAAAUAUCUAAAUCUUGUAAUGUUUAUAUAAUUUUUGUGUUUUAAUUUUAUUUGUCCGUAGAAAGAAUGACUUGUCCUAUGCGUUGUAUAAUAUGUCUCAAAGGAUGAACCUAUUUAAAUAUUUUUUUGUAUUAUUUUUAUUACAAAAGAAAUAAAAGUACAAUUCUACUGUUAACGUAUUUUGUUUACAGUAGAAAGUUUUUAUUAAUUAUUAAUGUGAGGAUUAUACUAAAUCGAAACCACAAAAUGCUAAUAUUGAUUGGUAAUUAUUAUAUUAUGUACUAUGAGUAUAAUUUAACAAUAUUCCAAUAUUAACUUAGUAUAUGUAUUCCAAUAUUAACUUACUAUACAUACAUUUAUUAUCUGCUAGAUUUACUUAGGUCCAUUUUCCAGAUGUAAAAAUAUGUAAUAAACGCAAUAUUGAUUAAAUUAAAAAUAAAAAAAGUAAAGUAGUAUGGGAUUCGAACCACGAUUAUCCACGUUCUGAACCAAAGACCAUUUCUCGUCACCACCCGCUCGAACUGUCAAAACAUAAUACUCGAUAAAGUGGGAUAGUCACGUCGUCGAUAUUCCCCUUGAAUUAGAAAGAGACUACCGACCAAAUAGGCUCAUUUAUCUCUGUCGCAAUCGUCACCUAUUUUAAGAUGGCAGGGCGCAAUCUAGUGUAUUAUAUAUCUAUGGUAUAAACUGUCACGACUGUUACAAUUAUCACGAUAUAUUACUUUUGUUUCAAAUUACAUAUUUUUAUUCGUACCAUGUAUUGGUUACCUAUUUAGUUAGAGUACAUGUAAUUGUCAACCAAUUAUACAUAUAUAAGUAUAAGUCGCUCUAAUAUGGAAAUACCCUUCAACGAAUACAUAAUUUUCGAAGUUCUUUGUAUAAUAAUCACGGACGUACGUUUUUUCUCUCACAUCGAGCUUAAUGCGUUAGACCGAAUUCGACAAACGAUGACGCACUGAAAGAAGUUUUGGGGACAUCUGUAAAAGUGUUUGCUCCUGCCAUAGUUUAUGAUGUUUCGAUCCCCUUGAAUCUCAUCAGAUAGUGGUUGGAUGAAGACAGAAAAGCAUGCAUGUACGCAUGCGCCAUCAACUGUGGAAUUCAGAAAAAGGAAAUAAUUGUGUAUCUCUAAAUCUAACUUUCUAUCUAUAAAUAUGUUUUUCUGUGUAUUAGGUAUUUUAGGCUUUUUACAUGCUAUGUUAAUAAAAAAUUGAUGACGUUGGAUGGCGUAGAAGACGACCUGAAAACUAUAAAUGUAAGACAAUUGAGGAGAACGGCACAUGAGAAGUCUGAAUGGAAGGACAUAGGCGCAAAAGUCCUUCCAGGUUAUGAUGCCAAAAGAAGAAGGCUUUUUAUAUAAACUAUCAACAUUUCUAAUAGUGAAAAAUCAUCCACAAGUACAUACUUGCUAUGCCUAUUAAACAACAAAUGGAUGAUGCACUGGUCACCGAGAAAUUGCUCAGAAACGCUUACGUAAGGGGGUAAAAAUAGAUGACUCUACAGAUUCUAUAGAAAUCCCGACUGCAAAUAGGAUAUAAAUUAGAUAGUUUAAAACAAAAGUGUCAAAGGAUGCAAAGAAAAUGUAUAGUUGGGAGUAAAUUGCAACCAAACCAAUUUUGAGUUGCAGUAAACCUAAAAAACAGAUAUUUAGUAAACUUUUUCAAAGCAGCAGAAAAUAUAGAGCUUUGAAAAUAAACUACUAAAAAUAUAUCAUCCUAUUCAAUUCAGAAUUUUUUAUGGUAUUUUCAUUCUAGUAGGCAUUUUUUAAAGUAGUUUUGAAAUAAAGGAAGCAGGUAUAACUGUCUUAAUAAUUUUUUAUGUGAAAAUCUGUACAUUUUGUGAAAACUACUUUUCUACAUAGUUACCACUAUUAAGACAUUUAUAAUACAGUCAUCUUUUGAAUCCAAUUCUCAUAGAGGUCUGCCUUUAAAUAAACACUCAUUACGGUCCUCGAGGCUGCAACCAGUUAGAUACUACUUCUCAAAUGUAGAAACAAGGUAGUUCUUGGGAGCUAAAUCGGGACUGUAGGGUGGCUAAAUUAUUCCAAACCAAAUAAUCAGAUAUCAAUUUGAAGUGACUUAAUCUGAUUUAGUUAAGGGGAUCUGCUCCCUUUUGCUCUUUCGUCAAUGUUUGUAUUAAAUCUUUAUUUAUGAGUGAAGGUGGUUAAUUGAACAUAGGACAAAAAAUCCCCACAAAAAAUCACCACAAAGAAUUCCGGUCAAAUAAUCCCACAUAUUUUUUUUGGCAAAAUAUCCCCACAAAAAAUUCCAAAGAAAUAUUUGCUGCCGAAUAGUUAUCAAAAGUUUUUCAAUUACAAUGCCAGAACCACGCAUUGUGAGGAAAGUUACACUUUUUUCGAUUAUUUUGACCUUUUUUUGGCGCUUUUGGAAACAAAUUUAUGGGAAUUACUAUUCGAUAUCCGGUUUUAAAAAACAUAAUUGAGGAUCUGUGUGCUAGGGUGGUUCGAAAAAAACUUUUUUUUUGAAGAUAUUCUUCUUUAGCGGCGAAUCGAUUGAGGGUAAAAUUGUACAUGAACCACGCGCCUGCGCACACUGACAGUAUGUAGUUCUGACAGUAUGUAGUUCAUUGCUAAUCUUUUAAGAUAGGUAUGUAUGUAUCUGAAACCGUGCAAAUAAGUCAUUAAAAGAAUAUAUUAGUGGUUUUAGGAAAUGUAUUAUUUAUUAUAAUUCUUGUGUUUUUGGAUUUGUGUUUCCCUGUAGUAAAAUAAUAAAAUAUGUAGGCAUAACAUUUUUACAGUUUGUCGGUGUGUUGUGUAAUUAUAUUCGAAACUUACGUGUCAAUUGAAGUGGCUCGAUGGCGUAGUUGGCAGAGCGGUGGGACAGAGAACGGAAGCACACGGAAGGUCGCGGGUUCUAAUCCUGGACGAUUCAUACUUUUUUUUAUUUUUCGUUAUUUUAAUAAAAAAAUUUUGAAAGUGGUAGAUAAGAAAGUUAGUUUAAUUUUUAAAUAAAAUGCAAAUAACCUGUUACGUAUAUUUACUUCGUUUAAAUUACCUAUAUAAUAGAAGAAUAUCUUCUUACGUGCGUACAAAGUACACACACAUUCUUUUUUAUUUCAGAUCGCUAUAGUGCGCAAAAGUUGCCAUUGGUAUAGACUUGAAAAAAGCGCUAGUUAUUAUUUUUUUAUUAAUUUGUCUUCCGGUCGCGCAAUGCCAUCGAAGUUAGCAAAAAUUGUGAAAAACCUUAAUUUUUCAUAUAUUUUUUUAACAGGCCAGAUGGCUUUAAUUGCGUUCCUAUACCAUGAAUUAACUACUAAAAGUAUGUAAAAUCAAUAUAAAUGGACUUAUUAUACAUUUGUUUCAUAUCUUCCGGUCGCGCAACAUAAUACAAAAUGAGUAAAAUUAGUAGUUUUGCAAAAUUUCAAAGUUUGACUGUUUGGUACCAUUUAAUCAUACGACUUUUAGAGAUGGUAUAGUUUAAUUUAAUUACAAUAAUAUAUUUAAAAUCCAAGCAUAUAAGAUAAAUUUUGAUAUUCAAGUAAAAUUCGGUCGCGCAGCUUCGUCAAAAACAGCAGACUACCGAGAGAAGAGGCGAAAGUGACGAAUGCCAGUGAAGCGCGCGCUGCCACAAAUAAAGAUACAUGUGGGAAUACCUCUACAAUGGAGUAUUUGUCUUCUCCAUUACAACGAACUGCCAUUCCACCACCUUUUCCAACACUUAGAUGAAAAUACGACAGGCCCAAUAGGAUAUUCCGGACCAAUUGGAAAGGCCCUACCUGAUUGUGAAAGACUACCACUUAUUGAUCUUAAUCCUAUUGAUUGUGAGAUUCCAAAAGUUGACAAGCGUAUUCUUAGCAAGCACCAAUAAUUAUUGUAUUUGCUUGAGAUAUCGGAAGUCAUCAAGUCAGGACAUUGUUCAGAAGACUUUGUAGUGGGUACGUGAUCCUAUCCCAACGUCACAUUCAAGAUGGCUUACUACUGCAAACCGAGUUUUGCGUUUCUACAUCAGUGUGUCCAACCCUUCUGAAAAUCUGAGAGAGAUUGUCACAUUCAUUCUCAAAUGUUAUAAUAUGCCUAUGUGGUUUGCCACAAAAAUAAACGACAAAUUCACAGAUGGGCCUAGACAUGAUUACAAAAUCAUUGAAUAUUCAAGGUACUUACCAGAAGAGCUUCUUCAAGUUGUUGAUCCAGUUUUACAACGGAAUGCUAACUUUGCCCAUCCCGAAAAUUUACUUUUGGCUAUGGUAACUGAUGACAGAAACCAUAUCGGAGAGCUGGGCUUUAGGCGUAUCAUGAAGGAAAAACAAGCAAUAUCUGAAAGUGACUAUCAGAAUCUUUAAACCACCAAAUUUAAACUAAAUAGUAUUACGAAAUUAUCAAAUGGAACACCAGUACACUGACUCCCCUCUACUGCUAAGAACAUUGACUAAUGGAGAGAUUAAAUAGUAUGUGAGCAGAGCAAUGACUUCAAGCCUGUUAUGAGUAUAGAUACUUUGCCAUGCCAUACACAGGCAGUUGAAAGAUGCGUUAAGCUAGUGACCGUAGCUUCAAGUAAAGUGUGUGGACACAGUUCCAGAGACGGCUAACCACAUUAUUGCACCGCUCAGCGAUGCCAAUGAUUAAAAUCAACAACUGGUAGUCUUUCACAAUCAGGUAGGGCCUUUCCAAUCGGUCCGGAUAUCCUAUAGUGCCUGUUGUAUUUCCAUCUAAGUGUUGGAAAAGGUGGCGGAAUGGCAGUUCGUUGUAAUGGAGAAGACAAAUACUCCAUUGUAGAGGUCUUCCCACAUGUAUCUCUAUUUGUGGCUGCGCAAGCUUCGCUGGCAUUCGUCACUUUCGCCUCGCCUCUCGGUAGUCUGCUGUUUUUGACGAAGCUGCGCGACCUAAUUCCACUUGAAUAUCAAAAUGUAUCUUAGAUGCUUGGAUUUUAAAUAUAUUAUUGUAAUUGAAUUAAACUAUACCAUCUCUAAAAGUCGUAUGAUUAAAGUGUACUAAACAGUCAAACUUUGAAAUUUUGCAAAAACUACUAAUUUUACUCAUUUUGUAUUACGUUGCGCGACCGGAAGAUAUGAAACAAAUGUAUAAUAAGUGCAUUUAUAUUGAUUUUACAUACUUUUAGUAGUUAAUUCAUGGUAUAGAAACGCAAUUAAAACCUUCUGGUCUGUUUAGAAAAAAAAUUGAAAAACUAUGGAUAGCAUUGCGCGACCGGAAGACAAAUUAAUAAAAAAAUAAUAAUUAGUGCUUUUUUUAAGUCUAUACUAAUGGCAACUUUUGCGCACUAUAGCGAUCUAAAAUAAGAAAAAAAGUUUUUUUCGAACCACCCUACUGUGUGCGCUAUCCAUUAAAAAUCUUUGCACUAUUACGAAUGUUUAGCUUUGUUAUGAAAACGCAGACCACAGAUUUUUGACAUAGCUUUUGAAGCAGGUUUUUUAAACGUUGCUUGCAUUGAAUUGAAACUGAUGACUUAAUAUUUUUGACACAAAAUUUACAAAAAAGGAACAGGUAUUUUUGCAUUACAAUCAAAAUUAUCGUUUUCAGGACAAGCAGUUAUCAUGGCGAAUAGGCAAUGUUUGGAAAAGAGUUAUUCAAAGUAGAGUGAGAAAAAUAUUUAAGCGAAUGAUUACAAUGAUUCUCACAGCCUUAACUCAUUCCCCAAAUUUUUCACAGAUUUUUGAAAAAACUCGCACUCUUUUGUCAUGUAAAAUUUGAAGUUUUACUGGAGAAAACUAGUUGGAAUAGAAAAUUGGAAUUCGAAAUUUGGUAAUCAAAAUUACAAUACAUGCUUGAUCGAAACCGAAAAGCGGUUCCAUGGCGAUUGCUAUACUACUCCCAUGCACUGAGGCUGAGAAACAUUUGCGUCGAUUUCGUUCACGGGAAAGCUUUUGAGAACUUUUAUUUUAUUCGGCAGCAAAUAUUUCUUAGGAAUUUUUUUGGGGAUAUUUUGUCCAAUUUUUUUUUUUUUUUUUAGCUAAUGCCUCGACAACUAAUGGCCAUUUGCAUGGUGAUGGUACUGUAUGGAUUUUUCCAGUUAGGUACCUAGUGUAAUGUGUAGUGUGUGUGCUGAGUAAGUGUCUUGUUACUUUGUAAAGUCGACGUUAUUGUCUUUGCAAAGAGAGGCUAAUUGUAUCCGAACGUCUGCGGUCCCUCCGGUGAGCAGGUAUCGAUCCCACAAGGAUAGAAACUAUUUUCAUUUAUUAAUUUAUCAUCAUCAUCAUCAUCAUGGUGCUACAGCCCUUAGAGGGCCUCGACCUUCUCAAGCGUUCUACGCCAUUCUGUUCUGUCCCUUGCCUGCACUUUCCAGUUGCCGACUCCGAUCUUCUCGGCAUCUUGUGUUACCCCGUCCAUCCAUCUCAACUUUGGUCUACCCCGUCUUCUCAUUCCCACGGGUUGAGCUGUUAGAAUCCUUUUUAUCAUGUUCGAUUCAGGGGCUCGGGCUACAUGUCCUGCCCACUGCAGGCGAUUUCGCUUAAUUAUAGUGAUAAUAUCUUUUCCACCAAACGUUUGCUUGUAGAUAUGCUGCAGUUCAAAGUUAUAUCUACGUCUCCAUAUUCCGUUCUCACAAACCGCUCCGAAUAUCUUGCGUAGUACCUUUCUUUCAAAAAUUGAUAGAGCGGAUUCAUCUGUUUUAGUUAGCAUUUAUACUAAACGAAAAAUUAUCUACCCUGGUGAGAUUCGAACUCACAACCAUUCCGACCUUUCGAUCCAAAGGUAGGCGCUCUUACCACUGAGGCACAGAAGGGGUCAAAAAAAAAUUGGUUGGGAUUAUUUGACCAGAAUUUUUUGUCCGGCGAUUAUUUGUCUGGGGAUUUUCUGUCCAGGAAUAAUUUGUGGGGAUUUUUUUGUCCGGGAUUAUUUGUCCGUACACCGGUUAAUUGGAUGUAAAUAUGAUCUAAUGUUUCCGUAGUGGUGUUUUGCGUUUUCCUGGUAAAUCUAUGGACGCGCCGCGCCACAUUUUGAUCGAGGCCGGAUUUUUAAAAACAUGUCUCAAAUUCCAAGUACUAUAGAUUUUACGUUCUGUUAUCGUAUCUUGCGUAAGAUAUCUUUUUUUACUUUAUUGUAUUCUCUAAAAACUGGACACCGUAGUUAUUUUAAGUAAAAAUGUCUCAAAUUUAAAAAAUUUAGAUGUAUCAAAAUUUUACAUAUUUGAUUUUAUACGCUUUGAAUAUUUUUGAGUUUCCAAAACUCAACAGCCACUUGGAUGUGAAUUUUUUACUUAGUUGAAUUUACCUCAAACGAGAAUGUAAAAUAUUUAUAAAUAUGUGUAAAAUAAAUAGCUUUAUUACAA